AUGGGGCUAGCAUCUGCUCCCCGUAUAUUCACGAAACUGUUGAAACCGGUGUUUUCCACAUUGAGGAAACGCGGGCAUGCUAAUAUUGCUUAUAUUGACGAUUCUUUGUUAGUGAGCAAAACAGAAUCUGAAUGCCGUAAAAAUGUCAGGGAGACAGCUGAGCUUUUAGACAGCCUUGGAUUUACUAUAAACGUCGAGAAGUCGGUUUUCACUCCAAGUAGAGAUAUUCAAUUUUUGGGAUUUAUAAUAAAUUCUGAAUUAAUGACAGUAUCAUUAACGCCAGAUCGGGCUACAUCGAUAAGACAAAAGUGUGAGGAAAUUCUGAAAUUGCACCGAAUUACGAUAAGAGAAUUUGCACAGUUAUUUGGCAAAUUAGUGUCAAGUGAACCAGGUGUCCGCUAUGCGCCUUUGUAUUAUAAAUCUCUUGAGAUUGUUAAAGACAAAGAAUUAAAAACAAAUGCUGGUAAUUUUGAUGCUAAAUUUCUGAUUUCCGGUGAAAUUAGGAAAACAAUCACUUGGUGGAUAAAUAAUGUUGAACGUUUUCCUCGAUUUAUAAAUAUUGAUAAACCAGUGUUAGUAAUUAAAACAGACAGUUCGUUGGCAGGCUGGGGCAUUUUUAAUGAAAACAACGGAGAUUGUUAUCAAGGAGAAUGGUUAGAUGAAGAUAAAGAGAAGCAUAUCAAUUUCUUGGAAUUGAAAGUAGGAUUAAUUGCGUUAUCAAAAUUUUGUAAUGAUUUACAAGAGGGACAUGUAAAACUUUACAUGGAUAACACGGUGGCUGUAACGUACAUUUCAAAAAUGGGAGGAAAAAUUGAAUCACUAAACGACUUGACAAUUUCAAUUUGGGAUUUUUGUAUGGCUAGAAAUAUCUGGUUAUCUGCAAGUCAUAUUGCGGGUGUUGAAAAUAUAGAGGCUGACUAUUUAUCGCGCCACAAAAAUGAUGACCUAGAGUGGAUGUUAGAUAGGAAUAUAUUCUCACAAAUAGAAAAUUCGUUCGGGAAAUGUGAUAUUGACUUGUUCGCUUCCAAGCAUAAUUUUCAAUUCAUGCCAUACGUUUCUUACAGCCCAGACCAACAUGCAAAAGCUAUAGACGCUUUCAGCAUGGACUGGAGUGACUUAAUGUGUUACAUAUUUUGUCCUUUCAGUUUGAUGGGAUCAGUGCUGCAGAAAAUUACUACCGACAGAGCAGAGGCGAUAGUAAUUGCUCCAAUCUGGCCGACACAGCAUUGGUUUCCACGGCUGCUUCAGGGACAGUUAUCUGUUGCCGGACACUCAAAAUCUUCUGACGAUGCCGAACAAACCCGAGAAGUACCACCCACUGAGAAAAAUGAGACUGGGCGCAUUCCGUGUAUCGGGGAAUCCUUCAAAAAUCGAGGCUUAUCAGAUGACACUCAAAAAAUUCUCUUAUCUUCCUGGCGAGAGUCCACUAAAAAACAAUAUAGGGCAUAUUUCGAAAAAUGGUUGUCAUUUUGUAAUAGCAGACAAAUUAAUGUAUUUGAGGCAAAUGUGAACAAUGUUUUGUCAUUUUUAACAGAAUUAUUUCAAUCAGGGUCAGGAUACAGUUGUCUAAAUACGGCUAGGAGCGCAUUAUCAUCUUUUCUACAGUUAGAAAAUUGUGUAAAUAUAGGUUCUCAUCCUUUAAUUCGUAGGUUUAUGAGAGGGGUGUUUGUACUUAGACCUGCUCUUCCAAGAUACAAUGUUACCUGGGAUGUAAAUAUUGUGUUAAAAUAUUUGAAAUCUUUGUCUCCUUUAUCAUCAUUGUCACUGUUACAAUUAUCUCGGAAACUGGUUAUGUUACUUGCCUUACUUUCAGGGAAAGGGGACAAACCCUUCAUUUGA